AUGAGCUGGUUAUUCGGCUCCUCGACCGCCGGUCCCCAAUCUGCAAAGGCCUCAGACGGCGGACGUAUUGCGCCCGACCGCUCCUCUCGCGAAGUCUGCUAUAAUGGGCGCGACCUUUUCUUUUCCUGUCUCGACCGCAACGAUAUCCUAGAUGCCAUCAAACACGAUUCUGAGGCGCGCAAGAAGUGCGGAAAAGAGAUUGCCGAGUUUGAGUCUGCCUGUUCCAAGGCUUGGGUCAAAUAUUUCAAAGAGAAGCGCGUGAUGGAGUAUAACCGGGACCAGACGAUUGCCAAAAUACAAAAGGAGGAUGCAGAAAAAGCCGCGGCCGAGGCUCAGGUUAAGGCACGAUAG